GGCAACUACGGAGUAGUUGUUGUACAGUGACCAAUUCCUGAUCCUGACUAAAAAUAACUCUGCGAAAAUAUACAACCAGUAUAAAUCCGAUAAUCAGUUUAGAUUUAGUUUCGUCCAGGUACUACUUUGUGGUAUUUGUCGCAGGUAGAUCUGCUCCAGAGGAGACAAGGAGGAUCCUAAGAACAAGAAGGUCGUCUGCAAGGUCUUAUGUUUCUUAACGAGGAAGCAAUCGAUCGGUAGUGCAGGUCAAGUGAAUCGUGGAAAGGUCUCCCAACUGCAUGUUUGUUGGCUGCGUUGAACCACCAGCACUUGUUUGGUGCAUUACAGUUAAAUCUAUUAAUUAUAGCAGCGGACCACUGCCAGAUCUUGAAUAAUAACGUCUGCAUCUACAUACAGAAAUGCGCGAGAAUACGAUCUGCCACAUGUUCAAGGGAACGCUCCCUCAGAUGAUCGCCGUUCUGACCGGCACGUUAGGAGCAAUCUCAGAUGGCAUGCAGUAUGGAUGGACAGCCCCUGUCCUCCCCAUUUUGGAAAAACCAGACAGCCCAGUGAAGAUCACGCACAGCGACCACACAUGGCUAGAGUCCAUUUACAUGUGCGGAGGAAUAACGGGUCUACCUGUUACUAUCUUCGCAGUUGAUAAAAUAGGAAGGAAGAACUCCAUCAUAAUGUCAGCGGUGAUAAGUUUAAUCUCUUGGACACUCAUCGGGGUCGCAGACAGGGUGGAGUACAUCUACGUGGCGAGAUUUCUCACUGGCCUUUCCGGAGACGUAGCCUUCGUAGCGGCGCCGAUGUACAUAGCUGAGAUCGCAGAUCAAAAAGUCAGGGGGUUCUUAGCUGGGAUCAUCUACAUUAUGAUGCUGAUAGGGAUCCUAGUGAUUUACGCUGUAGCUCCCUUCGUUGAUUUCUGCGUACCUUCAAUCAUCGGAGGAAUUAUAGUUGUCGUACAGCUAGCUACAUUUCCUUUCAUGCCUGAUUCCCCUUAUUACUUAAUUUCUAAAGGCAAGGAAGAAAAAGCCAAAAAACAUCUGAAAAAGCUCCGCACCUCUGAAAACAUCGACAAGGAGUUUGCUGAGAUAGCGGCUGCUGUGAAGAGACAGAAAACUGAAAGAGGAAGGCCCCAGGAUCUCGUCAUUUCCAAAAGCAACAGGAAAGCCGUUUUGAUCAUGUUCGUCUUGAACGCUGCUCAGCACUUUAGCAGUAUAAGCGUAAUGUUGAUGAAUCUCCAUGAAAUCCUAACAGCGGCCGAAUCUAGUUACUUAAGCUCAAAUAUAGCCGGCAUACUUUUCGCAGCUCUGAUGUUGAUAGCUGCUACAAUCGCCGACUUUAUAGUCGACAAAUUCGGGCGAAAAAUCUUGUUGACGACCUCGAGUCUUUUGACAGGGCUUUCGUUGCUAGUUCUGGCAAUAUUCUUCACACUCAAACAUAGCGGCGCUGAUGUAGAUAGUAUAUCGUGGAUACCAGUAGCAUCGGUCAUGGUUUACGCUGCUGUUUUCAAAUUCGGCCUAGGUAUCAUCCCCAUAGUGAUGACAGCGGAGCUAUUCCCAGCCAAAGUCAAGGCUAUGGGCAUGACAAUCGCCGACUUCUUCUACGUGAUUUUCGCUCUCAUCUCCGUAGAGUUAUACCAGAGGCUAGCCAAUGCCUACUACUAUGACCUACCUUUCUAUAUUUUCGCAGCUUCGUGCCUUCUGACCGCAGUAUUUGCACAAUUUUACAUACCCGAAACUAAGGGGAAAACUUUGGAGGAGAUCCAGUUCAUGCUGAAGGGCGAACCUUUCCCCCACAAACAAUCAAGUUCUAAAAUAGAGGGUGGGAGCAUCGACGACUUAGAAAUCAAAACUAAAGACAUUACAAGUGCCUAGUUUUUAUCUACGGAUUCAGUUGUAAAAUUAGUAUGGAAGGAAAUUGGUCUUUUCUAGUAAAGUACAAUAUUAGUUAUUAGCUUUGUACAUAAUACGAAAUAAUUAUGUAAUUGUAGAAUUGUAACUAACACCAGUUUGGAAUUACUAACAUAUUUUAUCGUUAUAUGUUAAGUGCCUAUCUAUUUAGGGUAUACUCUUAAAAAUAUAUCAUGGUGCUAUCUUUUUAGCAAAAUUAUUUGUUAUUUUUAAAACGUAGCUGCCAAUAAUUUAAUGUCGAGUAGGUAAGAAGAUUUUUCUUCUUUUUUAGAAUUUGAUCUGUAAUAUGCACAAGAUUAUUAUAUGAUUCUAGCAGAGUAGUUCUUAAUUAGUUAAGAUAACCUUUAUUUUGAGUAAUAUUAUAUGUUUUAUGUACUUAUAAAAUUGUGAUAAGAAAUAAGUAAAACAUGUUUCAAUUUUAAAUUAAUUUAAAAUGACGCCGAUACAAUAUUGUAUCGUCGUAUCUCAAUAAUUACUAUUUUGCCUGUAAAUGAUGAAUUUAUCAAAAUAAUUAUGCACAGGUCUACCAAUGCAAAUGUAUUAAGCAACAAUGUAUUUAUGCUGAAAUAUGUAAAUUACACUAUUAGAAAGUAUAUAUUUAUAAAAAAUAUAUUCUCAUUCUGCUGGAUUUUAACAUAAAACUGAUGCUAGGAACUAUAAAAUUAAUAACAUACUACUACAUGACUGACUUUAGUUUUUAAGAGUUUACAGUGUGAUUGAUUAUAUCUCCUUCUAGCAUGUUAAUUGUUUUGUUUUUGUUUUAAAUCCUGAACUGCUGAAAUUUUAACGAAAUGUUCAAAGAAUUAAAAAAAAGAAAGUAAGGAGAAGCAAACACACUGUAUAGUUAUUUAAUACAUAUAUGAUUCUGCUUUGUAAGUAAUGUACAGUAUAGCCUUCGCCUUAUCAAAACUUUAUGACUGUGAAACCAGAAGUGAUUUUCUGUGAUCAAUCAUAUUCCAUAUUUUCUUAGAAUGUCGUUUUUAUUUAUUUUGUGUGGUAUGAAUAUGUCAUUUAGAAUAUAUUUUCUAAAGCUU